UCCCAGUUUAUUUUUGCAUAGAUCUCGGUCUCUUCUCCUCGUCUUCUCAAAAUCCAAGCCAGAAAGAGACUCCUCUCCAUUCCAUUUUCGACGCCCUUCUUGACCACACCAAGUUCGGACAAGGCUCCACAACAUUUUGUUACUUCUUUAAAUAACAAACUAAUCGUCGUAAUCAUCAUGUCCAUCACCGGCCGAUACGAGUUGGAUACCAGCGACAACUUUGACAGCUACUUGAAAGCUGCGGGGCUUAACAUUGCUAAACGCGCCGCCGCCGCGGCAGCCCGUCCCACCGUGGAAAUUUCGGAGGCGGAUGGCGUCUACACGAUCAAAACUCUGUCCGUUUUCAAGAAUACGACCAUUACUUUCAAGUUGGGGGAGGAAUUUGAUGAGGAGACUGCGGACGGGAGGACGGCCAAGACGACCAUCACCCUCGAAGGAAAUAAGUUGACCCAAACCCAAAAAAUUGACCCGGACGAGUCCACCACCGUGCGAGAAUUUACCGACGCUGGGAUGACGGCGACAUUCACGUGCAAAGAUGCCGUCGCGACCCGAACGUAUAAACGGGCUGCCUAACCAACUCCGCUUGGCGUGGUCUGCUGUCACCAUUAUCAAAAAACAUGCAUUUUUAUCUUCUUCUUGAUUCCAAUGACAAAAUGUUUUUGGUUUUGAUGACGAAAUAAAAUCCUGUGCCCAGCCAAUUAA